AUGGAGCAGACCACUGCCGAGCUUUUUGCAUCGCUGGUGGACUCCAGGGCCCACUUCGGGAAGGGCGUCUACUGUACUCAGCACGAACCAGCUGUAUGGGGCUCCCGCACUCGCAUCUUGCUGAACAACUACAGCAACCUGAGCCCUUUACGUCCGGGGGACACGGAGUCGCAGCGAGUGGAGAACGAAUGGGGCGCAGGCAACGCCGGAGGCCAUCGCGCAGCCUUCUGUAUUCCGAUUGUGGUGUCCACGGAGCUUGCGUACAACAUCUUUGAAAAGCAGGCGCCUGACCUCGCCCAGAAGAUGGUCCGUGACCCAGACACGGGAGAGGAGCGCCGGAUCAACCUUGGAGAAGACUAUCGCGGCCGAAAAGUGGAUCCUGGACGCGACGUUUGGGUUCUGCAGGUGACAGACGAUAGGGGCAGGGUGAAGCAUGCUGGAGCCGAGGCGGACGGCUUGCUGAGACUGCUCCGGCUUCGCUUGGCCAACCUCCGACGAGAGCUCGGCGACGAUGCGGAGAUCACGUUGGACUGCAUGUUCGAGCUCGGGAGGAGGCUGUAUGGCCGCGCCUUGCACGAAGAAGCGGAGCAGCUGUACAAGGAGUGUCUGCGAGGCCGCCGGAGCCUCAGCCCGACUUCCAUGCCGACGGCUCUCCGUACAUCAGAGCCACAGGCCCCAAGAUGCCCCAAAAAGUAUUGCUCCUAUGGAGCUGGGCACAUGCAUUGUUUUCGUGAGCCUUGCAAACUCCAGCCGCUCCAAGACGCCAUGAGCACUCAGCACGAGCGCAAGAGCGUCAUCGUUCCUUCGGGGGGACUGAGACAGCCAGGAAAUCGAGGUCCGGUUCCGGAACCGUCAGUCCCGCAAGCUGAACACCAUAUAUGA